AUGGAAUUCUAUGCGCGGCCGGAAGAUCGUAACCCUGACCAGUGUGGAACUCCCUACAUAUUUACGAACUACCUCGGCAACUCGCCUGGGACGCUUGUUUCAAUGGCAUAUAUUGUGAGGGUUUUCGAUGGGAGUGCAAACCUUCCUGUUGCGCCAUCUACAAAUGCUACCCCAAGAACCCGACGGGAAAUACGACGACAAUUAAGGGAAAUGAGUGAAAUUCGACGCCAUAGAGUUCCUUCUACUCUUCCUGCACUCAGGGCAGGCGAAUCGUCUGGGAGCUCAAGAAACCGCGCCGUUCCGGACUAUCAGGACCAAGGCAAUUAUGGCUUAGUUCAAGCCCCAGACCCGAGGGCAGGGCCGAGUGCUAAUAAUCGUGGUGGCGGAGGCGGAUAUUACAGAUACUAG